GGAGUCGGGAGGAGCGGCGGGGGCGGGCGCCGGGGGCGGGCAGAGGCGCGGGAAAGCUGGCUGCCUGCCCUUUAUAGCGCGCGGGGCACCGGCUCGCCAAGACUCCGGGCUCCCGGUACCCCCUCGCACUCCCUCUGGCCGGCCUAGGGCGCCUGCAGCCCAACCUCCCCAGCCUCCGGGGCGCCACGGAACCCGCUCGAUAUCGCGGUCAACUCGUAGACAUGGAGACCCCUGCCUGGCCCCGGGUCCCGCGCCCCGAGACCGCAGUCGCUCGGACGCUCCUGCUCGGCUGGGUCUUCGCCCAGGUGGCCGGCGCUUCAGGCACUACAAAUACUGUGGCAGCAUAUAAUUUAACUUGGAAAUCAACUAAUUUCAAGACAAUUUUGGAGUGGGAACCCAAACCCAUCAAUCAAGUCUACACUGUUCAAAUAAGUACGAAGUCAGGAAAUUGGAAAAGCAAAUGCUUUUACACAGCAGACACAGAGUGUGACCUCACCGACGAGAUUGUGAAGGAUGUGAAGCAGACGUACUUGGCACGGGUCUUCUCCUACCCGGCAGGGAAUGUGGAGAGCACAGGUUCUACUGAGGAGCCCCCAUAUGAGAACUCCCCAGAGUUCACACCUUACCUGGAGACAAACCUCGGACAACCAACAAUUCAGAGUUUUGAACAAGUGGGAACAAAAGUAAAUGUGACAGUACAAGAUGAACGGACUUUAGUCAGAAGGAACGACACGUUCCUAAGCCUCCGGGAUGUUUUUGGCAAGGACUUAAUUUAUACACUCUAUUAUUGGAAAUCUUCGAGUUCGGGAAAGAAAUAUUCUACAUCAUUGGAGCUGUGGUAUUUGUGGUCAUCAUCCUUGUCAUCAUCCUGGCUAUAUCUCUACACAAGUGUAGAAAGGCAAGAGUGGGGCGGAGCUGGAAGGAGAACUCCCCACUGAAUGUUGCAUAAAGGAAGCACCGUUGGAGCUACUGCAAAUGUUGUAUUGCACUGUGACCAAGAACUUUUAAGAGAAUAGAAUACAUGGAAACACAAAUGAGUAUUUCGGAGCAUGAAGACCCUGGAGUUCAAAAAAAACUCUUGAUAUGACCUAUUAUGACCAUUAGCAUUCUGGUUUUGACAUCAGCAUUAGUCACUUUGAAAUGUAACGAAUGGUACUACAACCAAUUCCAAGUUUUAAUUUUAACACUAUGGCACCUUUUGCACAUAACAUGCUUUAGAUUAUAUAUUCCGCACUCAAGAAGUAACCAGGUCAUCCAAGCAAAAACAAAUGAGAAAAUGCCUUAAAAAAUCCUGGGUGGACUUUUGAAAAGCUUUUUUCUUCUUUCUUUUUUUUUUGAGAUAGAGUCUCGCUGUGUUGCCCAGGCUGGAGUGCAGUGGCAUGAUCUCGACUCACUGCACCCUCCGUCUCUUGGGUUCAAGCAAUUCUCUGCCUCAGUCUCCCGAGUAACUGGGAUUACAGACACCCACCACCACGCCCAGCUAAUUUUUGUGUUUUUAGUAGAGAUGGGGUUUCACCAUCUUGACCAGGCUGGUCUUGAAUUCCUGACCUCAGGUGAUCCACCCGCCUCGGCCUCCCAAAGUGCUAGGAUUACGGGCGUGAACCACCGUGCCCAGCCAAAAAGCUUUUGAGAGGCUGACUUCAAUCCAUGUAAGAAAGUAAAAUGGAAAUUGAGUGAAUUUCUAGGACUUUUCUGACAUAUGUCUGUAAUAUAGUGUUUAGGUUCUUUUUUUUUUUCAGGAAUACAUUUGGAAAUUCAAAACAAUUGGCAGACUUUGUAUGAAUGUGUUAAGUGCGGGAGACGUCGGUAUUCUGGGCACCUUCCUAAUAUGCUUUACAGUCUGCACUUUCACUGACUGAAGUGGCAUUAAACAUUUGAGAGCUAACUCUAUUUUUAUAAGACUACUAUACAAACUACAGAGUUUAUGAUUUAAGGUACUCAAAGCUUCUAUGGUUGACAUUGUAUAUAUAAUUUUUUAAAGGGUUUUCUAUAUGGGGAUUUUCUAUUUAUAUAGGUAAUAUUGUUCUAUUUGUAUAUAUUGAGAUAAUUUAUUUAAUAUACUUUUAUAUAAAUAAAGGUGACUGGGAAUUGUUACUGUUGUACUUAUUCGAUCUUCCAUUUAUUAUUUAUGUAUGGUUUGGUGUUUGUAUUACUACUACAGUAAACGACUAAAAUUGUCAGUGGCUUAUAACAACGUAUCUUUUUCACUUAUAAUACAUUUUGGUGACU